UCCCUCGGCGGCUGCCGUAGCGUGAUCGGUUACGUUGCCAUGGAGAUGCGCUAGGCCAGGGGAGUGGGCUGCGCGCGCUGAGCGGACCCUACUUUCCGACUCGGACUGCUGUGGCCCCGGCGAGAUCGUGGAGCGGGUAACCAGUUCUCCAUGGACAGAGCCUAGCAGAAAGAUGCGGCCUGCAUGUCUCACUGGCCGCUGACCCACUGGCCUGAUGACCGCAUCUCCCUGUACCUCCCCGCUUCAGUUCCCACGGCCCUCGGUCAGCGGCCUCUCUCAGAUCACCAGCAGCCUGUAUAUCAGCAAUGGGGUGGCCGCCAACAACAGGCUCCUGCUCGCCAGCAACCACAUCACCUCGGUCGUCAACGUCUCGGUGAAGGCAGUGAGUACCUUGCAUGAAGACAUCCAGUAUGUGCAGGCGCCUGUGGCCGACACUCCCACGGCACGUCUCUGUGACUUCUUCGACCCCAUUGCUGACCACAUCCACGCCGGCGGGCUGAAGCAGGGCCGCACGCUGCUCCACUGCGCAGCCGGUGUGAGCCGCUCGGCUGCCCUGGGCCUCGCCUGCCUCAUGAGGUACCACACCAUGUCCCUGCUGGAAGCCCACACCUGGACCAAGUCCUGUCGGCCCAUCAUCCGGCCCAACAGUGGAUUUGGGGAGCAGCUCAUUCACUAUGAGGUCCAGCUGUUUGGCAAGAACACCGUGCGCAUGGUCAGCUCCCCCGUGGGACGCGUCCCUGACAUCUUCGAGAAGGAGGUUCGUUUAAUGAUCCCACUGUAAGCCAUGCCCCAGCCCCCGCAUCGGGGGUCAGAGGUGCAGAUCUGCCAUUGACCCUGCACUGAGAACUGAAACAUCCUACUUUUGUGCUACAGAAAAAAGACAGAUGAUGCCUUUUAUCAGAGCAAUAAAAAAGGAAGCGUGCCGUA